CUCUCUAUCUCUCUCUCUCUCCUACUACUUUCUCUCUCUAAAUCUACCUGUGCGUGUAUGUGUAUGUGUAUGUGUAUGUGUAUGUGUAUGUGUAUAUGUACAUUUUCGAUGUCAUCGAAGUUGCUUUCAAGAUCACACUGAUUAUCUGCGUGUGAGCUUGGGAGCGUGCUUGGACCAAACCAGUGGCACUGCAAAAUGGGUGGGAAUGCCUCUGGGGAAGAGAGUGACAACAUUGAUUGGGAUACUGAAGAUGAACUAGAAAUUCAGAAUUUUCCUUUGUCUUCGUGUUCAACUUUGACAAAUCCUGGUGGAGAAGCUAUUGUAUGUGCUGGAGAGGCGAGCUUCUCGGCAAGUCCUUCCCACUCCAAGUUGAUUCAUCAUUUUGUAGGAAUGGGUUUUCCUGAGAAACUGGUUGCAAAAGCCAUUGAGGAAAAUGGAGAAGGAAAUACGGAAUCAAUCCUAGAAACUUUGCUUACAUAUUCUGCUCUUGAAAACUCUCCGCCACAACAGAAACCUGUUAUUGAUUCUGAUCACAGCUCUUCGGAUUAUUAUGAGAACUUUCUAGAUGAGAUCUCCGAUUCAGAUAGUUGGUCUGAAGAUGAGGAAAAUACGGAGUCUUUGUCUGAUAAGGAGAAGACCUUGUUAUCCCUAGCAAAGAUGGGGUAUACGGUGGAAGAGGCGUCAAUAGCUAUGGAUAGAUGUGGUGCAUAUUUGAUAAUAUGUCCAGAUGCCUCAAUUGAUGAAAUAACAGAUUUUUUAUGUGCUGCUCAAAUGGCAAAGGCAGCAGAUUAUCUACUACCUGAUGAUGAGCCGAAGCCAAAGAGGAAAUUUUUUGAGAGAGAAUUGUGGAAAAGGAAAAAGCAAAGGAGGUAUGAGAAGAGGAUGAUGAGUGAGGAUAGUGAGACUAUUCGUCUUCCAAAACCAAUGAUUGGCUUUGGAGUUCCUAUGGAAUCAUCUCAAACAUUUCAUAGAACCCUUCCAGAGGCAGCCAUGGGGCCUCCCUACUUCUAUUAUGAGAAUGUGGCACUAGCUCCAAAAGGAGUUUGGGACACCAUCAAAAGAUUUUUAUAUGAUGUCGAACCUGAGUUUGUCGACUCGAAGUAUUUCUGCGCAGCUGCAAGGAAAAGAGGUUAUGUCCACAAUCUUCCAAUCGACAAUAGGUUUCCUCUUCUUCCGCUACCUCCUCUCACCAUUCAUGAAGCAUUGCCAUUAACAAGGAAAUGGUGGCCAUCGUGGGAUACACGAACAAAGUUAAAUUGCCUACAGACUUGCAUAGGAAGUGCAAAACUGACGGACAGGAUUCGCAAAGCUCUUGAAGAUUGGGAUGGUGAGCCACCUUUGCGCGUGCAAAAAUAUGUUCUUGAUGAAUGUCGAAAGUGGAAUCUAGUUUGGGUUGGCAGGAACAAACUUGCACCGCUUGAGGCUGAUGAAGUGGAAAUGUUAUUGGGGUUCCCAAGGAACCAUACAAGAGGAGGUGGUAUAAGUAGGACCGACAGAUACAAAUCACUUGGUAAUUCAUUUCAGAUUGAUACAGUGGCCUAUCACCUCUCUGUCUUAAAGGAUUUAUACCCUGGAGGUAUAAACCUUUUAUCGCUUUUCUCUGGGAUAGGUGGUGCGGAAGUUUCCCUUCAUCGGCUCGGCAUCCCCUUAAAAACAGUUGUGUCUGUCGAGAUUUCCGAAGUCAACAGGAAUAUUGUCCGGGGUUGGUGGGAACAAACCAAUCAGAAAGGAAACCUCAUCGACUUUACUGAUGUGCAACAAUUAGACGGUGAUCGAAUUGAGCAGCUUAUUCAUUCAGUUGGUGGGUUUGAUCUUGUUAUUGGUGGAAGCCCGUGCAACAACCUCGCGGGGAGCAACCGCCACCACAGGGACGGGCUGGAGGGUAAAGAAUCUGCACUUUUUUAUGAUUAUUUUCGAAUCCUAGACUUGGUCAAGUGCAUCAUGGGGAGACAACAAUAAAUUCCCCUCUAUGUAGUUUGCCUGAUCCUUUGUAUCUGAUUCAAACUCUUUGGCCGUUUCCUCCUAUUUAAUUAUGAGACAGUGACUUGUAGCUUGUCCUAGUUACUUUUGUUUCGAUGGAAAUUUUGAAUUGCUGGAAAAGAGAGGUUAUUUCUGUUGUUA